AUGAAGAUCGAUACCGUCUGCACCCUAUUCGGACUCUCUGCGUGCGCCAUGGCCGUCAGCACGAAUAAUAAUUUUGGGUCCAACGUGUACGCCUGUAUCAGUAUGGACACCGAACCAACGGACCCUUUCAUAGUAGAUUGGAAGAUCGGCGCCACUGGGGAUCAGUGCAUGAAAGACAAGGGCAAGGCUGGGGAGAUGAAAGUCUCCGAACAAGGCAUAACAUGUCGCGACUUAGGCUGGGUGUCUAUCAAUGAUGACUUCUUCAGCUGCGGCUGGUAUGAGAGCUGGUGGACGCUCGCCUAUACGACCAGGAAGGCGAGUUACUCUGGUACAGCACAGAGCCGGUGGAAGUACUGGGGAAGCCUUAAGACUGUGAUGCUCGGCAAACGAUCCCCGGGCACUCAACUCUGUGGGAGCAAAGCUCUAUGCCCAACCGACAAGAUUGAGUGGAGUGGAACCAGCAAGGGCCUUUACUUCAUCUUUGAGCCCCUCAAGAUCGCUUCUCAGGUUAGCAACCACAACGAGACAGCCGACAGUGAGCUGUGA